CCGAGCCGGGGAGAGUUUUCGGCACUGAGUCAGAGCGAGGUUGGCGGUCAGUCGUUUGCUAUCGGACGUCCUCGGUGGCGGCGAAGGAGCAGCGAGACUCACCUGCCAUGCUUGCCUGGGGUGUCAUCCUGGGGCUCUUGCCCGUGUUGCUGAGGUCCGCCCGGGGAGAGCCCAUCGCAGAAACUAGCUGUCCUGGAGGCCAGUCCUGGAGUCCUGACUUGGAAAAGUGCAUGGAUUGCUCAGUGUGCCAACGUCAAAAUAAGAACGAUUUUUGCUCUACUUGUGGAGACCCCCAGCCCACCAACACCCUCAAUUUGUGGGUGCUCGUUGGGGCAUCGCUUGGUGCUGUUUUUCUGGCUAGCAUCAUUGCGGGCACAAUCAUUUAUGCCCGCUGCCGAAGGCGAGAAAAAUUCACCACCCCAAUUGAAGAAACUGGAGGCCAUUCAGCUCAAGAAUCACUGAUACACUGAAGAUCUGGGUUUUUUUCACCACUUCAGAUUCAGGAAACAGCAAAGAAAAUGUCACUUUUGAUUACCUCGACUUUUCUUGAAGCUGCAGGAGAGACAUUGUUCACCUGCCCUGGCAUUCUGGGGCCUUACAUUUUGCACACUCAGCAACGAGCUGUGAAACCUACUGUCUCUUGUUCCCAUUUCAGGAAACAGGCCCCUCUGGGGAAAGGGUGACCAUCUUCCUUGUUAAAUGCCUUGUGCUGUGAGAGGAGGGGAAAAAAACUCUUACUUCUGGCACAUACGUACCCCAGGCUUAAUGCCUCAUAUUGGGGUGAUUUAUUUUUCUACAGGGGUUACAGUUUGGGGAACUCUGCAGUUCCUAGAUCUGCAUUGUGGGCUUCCUCCUUUGUCCUUUCCCUCCCUUUUAAGGAAAAAGAUGAAUGUGAUUUUUAGAUUAUCUGUAUAUAGAGAGAUAUUGGGUGCUAAAACUCUCCAUGAGAGAGGAAUACGGACUAGCCUCAACAGAACUUCCUGCACCAUUUCUUCCAAUCAGUGGCUGGCCACUAUAUCAGAAAGACAAUGUAGGUGUAGCUCCAGAUGUUCUGGACUACAGUUCCCAUAAUGCCAUGAAAAAUCACAGGUUGCCUCAGUUUUAUCAGUUUGUUUCCUCUGAUUUUCCUCGGUAUCUGCUCUUUCUCUUUCUCUUCCCUUUGGUGCUCCCUGUUGAGAUUCUAUUUAUGUCUUCUGCUCUCAUAAGAGAAUUUUAAUUUUAUGGUGUGAUUGGGUUUUUUUUUAAACUGCAUUCAGAAAAAAAAGAGAAAAAAAAACUUUUAUUUCCUGACACAGCAUUUGUGAACUAAAAAUAAAAAUGCUUUAAGUUUGGUAUGAAAAUGUUGCAAAUUGUCCCCAGGAAGUGAAUGUGAAUGUUGAUGAGUUUGAUAUUGACCACCAUUCUAAAUCAUAGUUUGUUUGAUGUAUUAAAUAAACCACAAUUUGCCAGAUUUGCAUGAUAACAAAAAGCUGAAGCUGAAUAAACCAUCUUAAGGUUUA